CAUGCUUUGACGCAGGCAGUGUCUUUGACACAUGUGAAGGUUAAUAACAUUAAAGUAAUGAAAUAAUGACAUCAAUAAGCUUUGUGCGUUGCAGAAUAGCACAUGUUUUGUUUACGUUUGAAGUGACCUUGACCCAGUUGGGGAGGUCUCAUGCACAUCCAGAAUGUCCUGGAAUACAUAAUAAAAACAUUUUAACCAACAACAACAAUGUUAAUAGUGUUAGGUUUAUGCAUCAGUGACAAGGUCUUACAUACACAUCCAGGUAGGACCUGCUAACUUCAGUUCUUGGUAAAUGCCUUCAAUGAAUGUUUAAUAUGAUUACGCUUUCUGUGGGUUAUUUGAAUGUUUCAUUGCCUGCAUAUGAUCUCAUAGUUCUUGACUUUAAUCUGAAUGUGUAGAUCUUCCUGUCAUGUACAGUAGUAUCAUAGAUAGUAACUUCCUUUUAUGAAUGACUGUGUGUGUUACUGCGUGUAGUGAGUGUGCAAAACACAUUCUUAUUGAUUGUCAUUCUAGAGAAAGUGCAUAUAUAGAAGAUCAUCCAAGGCCAGACUUACAAUAGCAGGACCCCAGUAAGAUGUUUCGGUUGCAAGCUCGACUGUCAUCCCUGUGUCAGUCAGCCAGAGCACAGCUGCCAGAUGUUGCUAGGGGACACAAUCACCAUGGUUACAGACUGCCGCCUGGAAUUGCCUGCAGCUCAACACAGGUGCAGUCCCAGAGCAAGCCCGAGGAGAAAAUUCAUAAACUCAUGGUUGCCAACAGGGGUGAAAUCGCCAUUAGAGUUUUCCGAGCAUGUACGGAAAUGAAUAUAACAACUGUGGCCAUCUACUCCGAACAAGACAUGAUGCACAUGCAUCGUCAGAAGGCGGACGAGUCCUACCUCAUCGGGAAAGGUUUACCCCCCGUGGCUGCUUAUCUCAAUAUUCCAGAAAUCAUCCAGGUCGCAAAGGAAAAUAGUGUAGAUGCCAUACAUCCAGGUUAUGGGUUUCUGUCAGAGAGAGACGACUUUGCACAGCAGGUGAUUGAGGCUGGUAUAAAGUUUAUUGGCCCCUCACCCGAGGUUGUGAGAAAGAUGGGAGACAAAGUAGAGGCGCGACAAGCAGCUAUUGCAGCAGGUGUGCAAGUCGUCCCCGGUUCUGACGGCCCGGUGAGCAGUAUUGAAGAAGCCAGGCACUUUUGUGAACAGUAUGGACUACCAGUGAUAUUUAAAGCAGCUUAUGGAGGAGGAGGGCGAGGCAUGAGGAUCGUCAGAUCUGUUGAGGAAAUUGAUGAGAAUUUCAGAAGAGCCACAUCGGAGGCGGAGGCAGCGUUUGGUAAUGGCGCGUUGUUCCUUGAGAAAUUCAUUGAGAGGCCCAGGCAUAUAGAAGUGCAAAUAUUAGGUGACAGAGGUGGUAAUGUGGUUCACCUGUACGAGAGGGACUGUUCCGUACAGAGGCGCCACCAGAAGGUGGUGGAGAUUGCCCCAGCCCCCAAACUGCCAAAGGACAUCAGGGACAAAAUGACUGCUGAUGCCGUAAAAUUGGCGCGGUUUGUAGGCUAUGAGAAUGCGGGUACGGUGGAGUUUCUCCUGGAUCCGUCAGGGCAGUACUACUUUAUCGAGGUCAAUGCUCGUCUGCAGGUGGAACACACCGUAACAGAGGAAGUGACAGGGAUUGAUCUUGUACAGAGUCAGAUUAAGAUAGCCGAGGGUCAGUUGUUGCCUGACCUGGGGCUCAAUCAGGAAAAUAUAGAUCUCCAUGGGUGUGCCAUUCAGUGCAGAAUGACGACAGAAGACCCUGCUCGGAGCUUCCAACCAGAUAUUGGCAGAAUCGAGGUAUUCAGAAGCGGAGAAGGUAUGGGGAUCAGAUUAGACAGUGCUCUAGGAUUCGCUGGGGCCAUCAUAUCACCUUACUAUGAUUCCUUACUGGUCAAGGUCAUUGCCAAGGCCAGGGACCACCCCGCUGCUGCAGCCAAGAUGUUGAGGACACUCAAAGAGUUCAGAAUCAGGGGGGUGAAGACCAAUAUUCCCUUCCUAUUGAAUGUCCUCCAGCACGACCAGUUCCUGUCAGGGGUGGUGGACACUUAUUUCAUUGAUGAAAAUCCCCAGCUGUUUAAAUUCUACCCCACACAAAAUCGAGCCCAGAAACUACUUUAUUAUCUGGCCCAGGUCAUGGUUAACGGCCCACAAACACCCUUAGCAACCGACCUUCAACCUUCAGAGAUUGAACCAACUGUCCCCCUUCUACCCUAUGAGGAGACACAUACUACGGCCCCGGCUCCACCAAAAGGCUGGAGGGAUGUUCUCAUCAAGGAGGGACCUGAGGCGUUUGCCAGGAAAGUUCGGGAGCACAAAGGAUUGCUGAUAAUGGACACUACAUUCAGAGACGCCCAUCAGUCGCUAUUGGCAACGAGGGUCAGGACAUACGACCUCAAACGAAUCUCUCCUUUUGUAUCUCAUAGGUUUAACAAUCUGUACAGCUUAGAAAACUGGGGAGGUGCUACCUUUGAUGUGGCGAUGCGCUUCCUACACGAGUGUCCCUGGGAGAGGUUAGAGGAGUUAAGGAAACUCGUUCCUAACGUCCCAUUCCAGAUGUUGCUGAGAGGAGCGAAUGCUGUGGGUUACACUAACUACCCUGACAAUGUAGUAUACAAAUUCUGUGACAUGGCAGUGAAGAGUGGAAUGGACAUCUUCAGGAUCUUCGACUCCCUGAACUACCUCCCUAACAUUGUUGUCGGGAUGGACGCUGUCGGAAAGGCAGGUGGAGUAAUUGAGGCAGCAAUCUCAUACACUGGUGAUGUUUCGGACCCCACAAAAACCAAGUACAAUUUAGAGUAUUACGUGAAUCUGGCCACAGAGCUGGAAAAGGCUGGCGCCCACAUACUCUGCAUCAAAGACAUGGCAGGUGUGCUGAAGCCUAAGGCAGCCAAGCUACUGGUGAGCACCCUGAGGGACAAAUUCCCUGAUCUCCCCAUACACGUCCACACCCACGACACUGCCUGCGCCGGGGUGGCGUCCAUGUUGGCUGCUGCAGAGGCUGGGGCUGAUGUGGUGGAUGUAGCGGUGGAUUCGAUGUCCGGUCUGACAUCACAGCCCAGUAUGGGGGCUGUUGUAGCAGCAUUGGAAGGCACAGACCUGAGUACAGGUAUCUCUAUGACUGAUGUGACUGAUUAUUCAGCUUACUGGGAACAGACAAGAAAUCUCUAUGCUCCAUUUGAAUGCUGCAAGACACUGAAGAGUGGGAACUCUGAUGUCUACAAUAACCAGAUUCCGGGUGGCCAAUACACAAACUUACAGUUCCAGGCCUUUAGCCUUGGGCUAGCGGAUCAGUUUGAGGAAGUGAAGAGGAAAUAUGCUGAAGCCAAUGAACUGCUGGGCGACAUUCCAAAGGUGACCCCGUCCUCAAAAGUGGUGGGGGAUAUGGCCCAGUUCAUGGUCCAGAACAAACUGACAAAGGAGAUGGUGGAGGAACGGGCGGCAGAGUUAUCUUUCCCUGCCUCAGUCAUCGAGUUCUUCCAGGGCUAUUUAGGUGUACCACCAGGGGGCUACCCUGAACCACUCAGAACUAAGAUCUUGAAGGGACAACCCAGUCUCACUGGUCGUCCAGGAGAAUCCCUCUCUGCGGUGGACUUUGAUAAACUGAAAGCUGAGCUGACUGAGAAGCAUGGUCAUGAUGUAAAGGAGCGCGAUGUCAUUAGUUCAGCGCUGUAUCCAAAGGUCACCGACGAAUUCCUGGAGUUCCGGGAUAAAUAUGGCCCAGUUGAUACACUAGGAACAAGAAUAUUCUUUAAAGGACCUAAAGUUGCCCAGGAAAUGGAGGUAAAAAUAGAAAAGGGAAAGACCCUAUCCAUCAAGACCCUCGCCUGUGGAGACCUGAACAAGAGCGGAGAAAGGGAGGUGUUCUUUGAAUUGAAUGGCCAGCUACGAUCAGUCAAGAUCAAAGAUGAAGUGGCAUCAAAGGAGUUGCAUUUUCAUCCCAAGGCCCUGAAGGGAGUUAGGGGGUCAGUGGGUGCCCCAAUGCCAGGAGAAGUGGUGGACAUCAAGGUUAAGGAGGGUGACAAGGUCGAGAAAGGUCAACCAGUCUUAGUGCUGAGUGCCAUGAAAAUGGAAAUGGUUGUCACAGCACCAGCUUCUGGUGUAGUGAAGUCCAUUGCUGUGGAGAAGAAGAUGAAGUUGGAGGGAGAUGACUUGUUGAUGGACAUUGAAUGUGAUUAAGAUGGAGGAGAAAUCGUAACAAACAAAAACCCAACAAAAAUAUUUAUAGAGAGCUUGAGUUAUGCAUUGAAUGUGAAUAAGAUGGAGAAAAAAUCGUAAUGGACAACCCUAAAAAAAUAUUUAUAGAGAGCUUGAGAUAUGCAUUCAGAAUGUUAAGUUUUAGAGUACAUGUACAUUUAGAUUUGUUGAUUAUUAGAAAUGAGAUUAACAAACAGAAGUGAUAGAUCUGGAAUACAAUAGACUGGUCUGUGCAUGUGUGGCUUUAGGAAAUGCACCAGGGCAAUGUUUAGAUACAUGAUAAUAUUAAGGCCAAGAUUUUUCUCUUCUUAUCUUAACUGUUUGGUUGUUAGUCUUAAAAAUACCUAUUUUCCUGAAUAUAUCUUUUCAUUAAGUUUCAGAGCCUUUCACCUGCCUGAACUUUCAGCAUUUUCCACAAAUAUGGAAUAUCUCUGUAUCAUUUUUAUGUGCAAUUUUGGGCUGGUUUGUAGGGAUUUUUUUUUUUUUGAAAGAUUGAUGUUGAUUUUCAUAAAAGUUGGUAGAGUAUGAAAUUAAAUUUUCUAGUUGUUUAUAUGAUUGGUAUAUUUUUGUGAGUUUAGAGGUGGUGAUACCUGCAUUUUUAUAUGUAGAUUACAAAAGAAUUAGAAGGAAUUUCAUUUUGUGCUUUUGAUAUUAAAAAUGGAAAUAUUUCAUGAUCAUUUUUUACACAUGAAUGAUUAAAAAUGAAAUUGUGUAAAGUGUUUAGAUCAGAGCUAAAGAUGAGAAAUUCCACACCUGUAAGCCAAAUCUAACAACAUGUACAUGUAUACUACAUAACCAGCACAUUGAUACAAUGUAGUACAAACACUGCAUCUGGAGGACAUUGAAGUUGUUAUUUUUAGAUGAUAUUUGGUGCAUAUUAUAAUUAGAUAGUUUAAAGCAAUUUACACUUUAUUUACAUUCUUUUCAUUUUGUAUGUUCUAACUCGAUGUAUCAAACUGUUCAGUGUAUGGAAUGUGUUAUUGCCUGUGUGUCUACAAUAAUAGUAAAGUUACAAAGUGACACUGAUCUGUAAAGUCUUCUACAUGUUUAGUUACAAAGUGACACUGAUCUGUAAAGUCUUCUACAUGUUUAGUUACAAAGUGACACUGAUCUGUAAAGUCUUCUACAUGUUUAGUUACAAAGUGACACUGAUCUGUAAAGUCUUCUACACGUUUAGUUACAAAGUUACACUAAUCUGUAAAGUCUUCUACACGCUCAGUUACAAAGUUACACUGAUCUGUAAAGUCUUCUACACAUUUAGUUACACUGAUCUGUAAAGUCUCCUACACAUUUAGUUACAAAGUUACACUUCUACUCACUUAGUUACAAAAUUGAGAUACUAUGAUGUGACUAGUAAAAAUACUUUGUUGAUUGGGAUUUAAUCAUUGAUGGCUAGUGCUUAAAUUUACAGUUUUACUAGUGUGACAUCCUAGUAUUGUUAUGAAAAUUGAUAUCAUAUAGCGAUUUUUUUCCGUGGGGUGAUAAAUUUGGGUUAUUUUAGUGGUCAGAUAGCUUUCCACCAAAAUUUCACUUGCCAGAUAUGCACCCAAUUGCGACGUCAGUAUUUACAAGAGAGAUAACCCUUCCUUGUCUGCCAAAAUUUAUUGCACUAAAAUUAUUAGCAUACCUUUGAGCCAGCAAAUCGCUAAAUUUUAGACCCACGGAAUAAAACCUGUUAUACAGUAUUGAAUUGAUUUGUCAGAGUGCUAAGUAUAGAUAUGAAUUGAUUUGCUUUGUUCUUUGUUUUUACUCUGCAAACAUGUUGUGUUCAACCAAUGUUAGAGCUGCAUGAAUUUAUCAUCUGCAGUAAAACUGUUAAAAACUUGCAAGUUUUGAUUAUUCAGAUGUAUACAUUUAGAGUACAAAAAUAUGUUUUAAGAGGUGGGCAUUAUAUUUCUACAUUCUCUUGUGCAAGACUCUUGCCUAUUGUUGUCAAAGUUAUCUGCAGAGAUGUAACAAUCCUAUCAUGUAUUAUAUACCCAUCAAUGUAUCAUUCUUUGAUACUGUGGAUUUCACAGCGUGUGAUCCGGUUUUCCAGAUCACUACACUGGUUUUCUGAUUCCGUAUCAGUAUCCUCUGAAACUGAUGCCGUCACAAUGCAUCAACGCAACGUUAUUUGUGGAAAUAUUGACCGCGUCACAAAACAAAACUGCGUACACAAAACAUAAUUUCAUGGUAUGUCUGUGUUUUUGAUAAUUUGGAUUACAUUUAUUAUCUUAAAAAUGUUAAUUUAAAAUGCAGAAGGGGGUAUAUAAUAAAUUUAUCAUUACUAAAGUAACUUUAUCCGAAGAGUUAGAUCAUGUCUCGUUGACAGGCGCGGAUCAUCAGAUCAAAGUCUACGCUUCGUGUCUCGUGUGAUCUGAUGAUCCGUGCCUGUCAACUUGACGUGAUCCGACUCUUCGGAUCAAGUUACUGUAGUAAUAAUAUAUAUGUAUUUUGUUGGACCAGCUUAGCUACCUUUAUUUGUUUGCUCAAUAUUUAUAAACAUGGUUUUCUAAAUUUCAGUAUUUUCAUACAGUUGUUUCCCGCUUCUGAUAUUUGUGUAUAUUGGUGCAUAUUGGCAUAAGAUUUUAAAUCUUUUAUGCUUCUGUAAAUUAUUUGCUUUUGUUUCCACAAAAGCGAUAAGGUUCUUUUGUGAUGCUGAAAGUGCUUGCAUUAAAUAUAUUUUUUUUUUCUUUUGAAAGGAUUCUUUUUAGCAUUUGCUGUUAUAUUUUUUUAUCUUGUACAUGUGUUGUAGAUGUUUUGGUUUGACACUAUAACCGUUAUGAAUGCAUAAUAUUCACGUGAUGUAGCAGAUCAUGAAAUGACGUAUUGCAGAUUGAUAUUCAAAACAUAUCAAGUAAUGAUACUUCUUCCAAAUGAUUACUAACUUUUAAUAUUCGUUUUUGAUAAAACAAAUGUUUGGGUUUAACUUCAGCUUUUAAGAAGAUGCUAUUUGUGCUCCCAUUUAGAUUAUAUAAUACAAUACAAUCUGAUUGAGGCCACACCUGUGUUUACAGUACAAUCUGAUUGAAGCCACACCUGUAUUUACAGUACAAUCUGAUUGAGGCCACACCUGUGCUUACAGUACAAUCUGACUGAAGCCACACCUGUAUUUACAGGAUUGGAUGUGAUAGUGGAGGUAUGGCUUCUGUCAGAUUUUAUUACAGUAAGGUAUAUGAUAAAAGAUAAAUACAUGGUAACUGUUGUGAUAGAACUUGCAGACAUCUUAUUAUAAUAUUCAUUGUAACCAAGUAACAUUUCAUAGUAUAAAAUAAAAAUGUUAUAGCAAUGCUAGUAAAUCUGA